AUGGACAUCCCCAACACCAAGUCGUAUUGGUUUGUAAAAACCGCAGCCAGUAUUGACUCCACAAAGUGGCUGUGCGAGGCAAAAAUGGAGGUUUGCUGUUUUAAAUCUCAUGUCAUUCAGGAAGCGUGGCAGACCCGUGAUGAUAGAAGGCAUGCUCGGGAGCUGAGCAUUGAGCAGCAUCAGAAGAAGUUGCACUCAUUACCGCGUGAGGCUGAAACAAAGCGAAGGUACUCUACACUGAGGCCAAAAGAUCUAAGAAAGAAGCCCUCGGGAUACUUAAAACCAUUAAACGAAGAUGACAUGGAAAAUGAUGAAGUACUUUCAGUUGCCGUAGGACCUCCGGCAAUGCGACCAAAAUAUGAAAAGAUCAAACGUCCACACAUAUCUUCGUAUCGAGAAAAUAAAGAGAGUCUCCACAACCAAGCAGGUGAAAAUUACGUGCGAGAUAUCCUCAUUACACUCGGUAGAGAAUUUUUAAAUCAUCAGGUUAGUGAAGAUUCCGUUUUUGGACAAUAUAUUGGCAAAUCUAUGAAGAAUUUAACCAGUCCACUCAAACUAAAGAUGCAGCACGACAUUUUGGACUUAGUUGUGAAGUAUCAAAGGUUGAAUCUUGGAGAAAACCAAACGUCUACCGUAAUGCCAGAUGAAAAGACCACCGCGAUGGGUCCGAAAGAAGGAAAAGAGAGAAGGGCUGGUAACGAAACUGAAGAAGGCUGGUCGGAUUUUAGCAAUUUAGCAAACAUAGUUGGAUAA